UGCUGCGCACUGCUCUUUAGUGUUGGAAAGCGCAGGCCGCAGUGCCGAAGAAGAAGACCACGCGUGCAAAACACGCCGCAUUGUAUUGUUUUAUUUCGAUUAUAAUAAAAUAAAUAGAUUAUAAAUAAUAGAAAUGGAUGAUGCAGACUACGACAACGACGACGUUGGCGGGGAUGACUUCGACGAUGUCGACGAGGACGUGGACGAGGACAUUAACCAGGAGGAGGAGGCGGACAACAUCGAAAUCAUAGCCCCCGGAGGAGCGGGUGGCGGAGGUGUGCCCAAGUCCAAACGAAUCACCACCAAGUACAUGACGAAAUACGAGCGCGCCAGAGUUCUGGGCACACGAGCGCUCCAGAUCGCCAUGUGCGCACCUAUCAUGGUGGAGCUGGACGGUGAAACGGAUCCUCUGCAGAUAGCCAUGAAGGAGCUCAAGCAAAAGAAAAUCCCCAUUAUCAUCCGCCGAUACCUGCCGGAUCACUCGUACGAGGACUGGAGCAUCGACGAGCUUAUCAUGGUGGACAACUAGUACUCAACCCAUUUAUUCAUAAUAAAACAAACCGACUAAGAUUAAGUACAA